AUGUCGGAUACCGAGAGUGUCGACUACCUCCAGACGGGCUUCGACCCCAAGUCGCUGACCGUCCCGAGGUUACGAUCCAUACUCGUCACCUACAAUAUCAGCUAUCCUGCCACCGCCAAGAAGCAGCAGCUCAUCGACCUCUUCAAUGAGCAUGUCGUACCGCAGUCCAAGAAGAUCCUCAACCAGCGCGCCCGCGCAAAGCGAUCCAGCCGCGGUAUUGUCGAUGUUGAAUCGCAGAGCUCCGCGAGCUUCGACGACCACGAGCUCAUGCCGCCUCCAACCGCUACACGGGCCAGAUCGCCGCGGAAAUCUACGAGAGUGAAGCAGGAGUCGGAAGAACCCGAGCAUGCGCCCGAACUGCGAAGCCCGCGCAAGAGGCAAGUUCGCUCCACGAGUCGGCAGCUCGCUCCGACGUCAGACGAAGACGAGCUGCCCAAAGCCGAGAGCGCCAGGCCAGGUCGCAGAUCCAGGACCAAGACUCCACAGGUCAAGGAAGAGGAGUUCGACGACGACCAUGUGCUCCGGGAGAGCGGAGAAGAUGAGAGCGUCUUUACCAGCGACAACCCCUUCCAGAGCGGUAGCUCACCACCUCCCGUCAAGACUCCGAGCAACCGGCGCAGGACCACGGGCGCAGAGAGCACAAAGGCUACUGCCAGCUCGACGACGAGGAGGCGGACUGACGGACCCGUGACCUCGAGCGAUAAGUCCUCAAAGUACUCCAAGACCUACGAGAUUCCUCUGGCCAGAAAGUCUCCCAAGACCCCUGAGCCAGACGUUGUCGAGGCUGGCGAGGAGUUCACUCCCGACGAGCAGCUGGAGCUCGCUCAACAGGAGGCUGAGCGCGGUCCUCUGGUACGGCAGCCGAAACCGGCACGGCGCGGUUCAAGUCUCGCAACCCCUCUCUGGGUCCUCGUCCUCACCUUGCUGGGCGCUUAUGCUGCCUGGUACCGGCAGGAGAAGAUUGCUGUUGGAUACUGUGGUGUGGGAAGACCGGCGCAGUCGAUUAUCCCCCCAAAUAUCCGCCUACCAGCAUGGGCGGCUGAUAGCAAAGUGGCCGAAUGGCUAUCUGAAGUCGAGCUUCCCCCCGCGGUCCUCGCAACGCUGGAACCCCAAUGCGAACCUUGCCCUGUCCAUGCGACCUGCUACGAUGACUUCUCUGUCAAGUGCGACGAUGAUUACAUCCUGAAGGCGCAUCCACUCUCGCUCGGUGGUCUGAUCCCGCUUCCACCAACCUGCGAGCCCGAUGGCGAGAAGGUCCGUCGCGUUAAGGCCGUGGCUGACAAGGCUGUCGAGGAGCUGAGAGAUCGUCGCGCCAAGUUCGAAUGUGGUGAACUUGUGGACGAAGAGGGCGAGGAAACCAACACGCCUGCUAUCAAUGAGCAGGAUUUAAAGGAGGUCAUCAGCGAGAAGAGAAGCAAGAAGCUGGACAAGCAAGAGUUCGACGACCUCUGGGCGUCUGCUCUCGGAGAUAUCAAGGAGAGGGAUGAAGUUGAAGUCGAGGUUCAGCAAACCCCCGAUUCCGGAGGCAUUCCAAACACCCGACUCUCGUCCACCUCUCUCGCUCGCCUUCCGAUCACCUGUGCGAUCCGCCGAUCCCUCUGGCUCGGAUUCGCACGAUUUCGACUCUAUCUUCUCCUUGUGAUCCUGUCCACGGGCAGCCUCUUCUACGCGCGAUCUCGGUACCGGUCCCACCGGGCCACCGUCGCGCAGAUCCCGGCCCUGGUCGAUAUAGUCAUGGACAAGCUGUCUGCGCAGAAGGAGAUUGCUUAUGACGACAGCACCGAGGACCCCUUCCUCUUCCUCCCGAACCUGCGAGACGACGUCCUCCGGGCGAUGCACUCGCUCGCCGAGCGGGAGCGCGUGUGGCAGCGCGUCCGGCCCGUCGUGGAGCAGAACAGCAACGUGCGGACCGGGCAGCGCGAGGGGCGCAACGGCGAGGUCGGCCGCGCGUGGGAGUGGAUCGGCCCGACGGCCAGCCUCACGGCUGGCGGUGGCGAGGCCAGCGCGCGCAGACGGCGCAGCGCGCGCGUCUCGUUUGGGCCGGGCGUGAAGAAGGAGGAGGAGGAUGAUGAGGACGUCAAGACGCCCGUGGCGGAGAUGGUGGAGAAGAGCCAGGACCGGUCGGGCAUCCACAGGCGGUGGGAGGAACCUAGGCCGAUCUAUUGA